AUGUUCCAGUCUGUGCUGAACGCGCUGCUGCAGAAGUACGUGAGCCCUUAUGUUGUGAACAUCAAGCAGGUGAAUCUACGCUUCCACUUCGGUCGCCUGAGCGUGCAGAACAUGAAGCUGAAGCGUACGCUUUGCGCUUUGAUGGGCUACGAGGAGUUGGAAGUGGAGGAUGGCAUCCUACAGAGCCUGGAGGUUGACAUCCCCUUCGCGGCGCUGUUCUCGGGCGAGCUGAAGAUCACGCUCAGGGGUCUACACCUCGACCUCCAACUGCGCAGGUCCGACCAAAAAGCCCCCCAAGACCUCCUCGACGAGAUCCGACAGAACCGAAAGGAGAGCGUGGAGACCCAGGCGGCUCAGCAGCUCGAGACCCGGCGGCAUCAGAAGCUCGUCGACGAGGCAAAGAAGCAAGGCGCGGAGGUUGCGGAUAAGGCGGGCAUGGCGGCCAAGCUAGUGAAGCAGUUCAUGUCCAACAUGAUCAUCGACAUCCGUGACAUCAAGGUUUCCAUCACGGAGCCUUUGUCCGAAGCGAUGGUUGCGGCGGAGUUGGGCAACAUCUUCGCGCAGGCGCUGGACGACGAGGAACUGCAUCGCGCCACGACGACCGACAUCAUGAAGGCGAUGAGACCAAGCAGUGCAGCAAUCAAGGCCAGCGAGGCAGACAUCUCGAAGGAAGUUGGAUUCAAGGGCUUCCUCAUAACCUGCGGAUUUGGCAGCAUGGAGAAGCUGGUGUCCUUGCAGCUGAUGCAGAUCAUCUACAACCAGCAGGACCAGGACACCACCGUCACGCUCAAAUUCGGCUCGGGUGCGUCUGCGGACUUCGUGAAAGCGUCCUCGGAGCAACUUCAAGCCCUGGUGACGAUCUCCACUGCAAUGGGCCGGGAGUCCAGUGUACUGCAGGCGCUCCUGACGCGCUACGCGCAUGAAGUGAACCUCGAGUCGGCGCAGAGCGUGCAAAAGAUGAAGGAUGAGUACGUGCACUAUUGCUUGCGUGACUACCGUGAAGAGCUUGAGAUCCUCGGUCGAAGAGACUUGAAACUGGAUGCUCGCGGGGAGCGGCGACUUCAGGUCAUGAGAGACAACGUCCCGCUGCAAAUGCAGGCGAAAUGGUUCAUGGAGGUGGCCGAGCAGCUGGCUUCGGCCCGGGCGAUGGCUCAAGGCCAGGCCACGAGCUACUACCGGAAGGCGCUGCUCUACUGCGCCUGCUGGCACGACGAUGACUCCAAUACCGAUAUUGCCGCCGAGCUGGAGAAGCGGAAGCAAGAGGUUCAGGAUCUCGCGGAUGUCGAUGUCCCAAAGAAGAUGCAUGUUUCUGUGCAGAUUGCACAUCUGACUGCGGAGCUCAUCGGCAGCGACGAGGAGUCGAUCGUGCUGGCCGAGCUGAAUACUGUGGCCAUGGUUGCCGAGUAUGCGCAGAAGGUGGAUUGGAAGAACACAGAGGCAGCGAACGUGGAGGUCAUCAUGAAGCUGCAGAGAAUCAGCCUCUUGGUCUGA